GUGCGUGUUCUCCUCAAGAUGUCGUGUGAUAUGUACCUACGCUUCCGAUAAAUCUGGCACGUCUUCACGUUACCCAAGUGGUCACAUCGUCAUCCAAGGUAUUGACGUCAGCCUAAGCAAACGAUAUGCGGAGCAACUCCUCGAUGGUCAUGAGUGCAAUUUCUAUAACUAAACAACAUCGUGUUAUCUCUCCUUCAUCCACAAUCCAGUAUAUUCCAUAAUAUCAAUAUGUUCGGAAGCAGCAACACAUUCGACCCUAACAAGGACAUCCCUGAUCUCUCAGGCAAGGUCUUCGUCGUGACGGGGGGCUCGGCUGGUAUUGGAUUCGGUAUCUGUGCCCACAUCCUACAGCACAACCCUGCUGCCUUGUACCUCCUCGGCAAGAAGGAGGAACACAUUCAAGAAGCCGAAGAACGAUUGAAGAAGUUCGGAGAUGUCUCCAAAAUCCACUCUGUUCAGAUCGAGCUCGAAGAUUUGAAGCAGACUGACCAGGUAGCCAAGGAACUGACUUCGAAGCUCGACAGACUGGACGGACUCGUUUGCAAUGCUGGCCUAGGUGUUGGUGUCUUCAAUUUGACCAAGGACGGCAUUGACUCGCACAUGCAGGUCAACCACAUUUCACAGUUCCACUUGACCCAGACUCUGCUCCCCUUGCUACAAAAGACUCCUGGCAGUCGUUUGGUUCUUCAAUCCUCGGACCUUCAUCGCGGUAUUAGUGAUGUCAAGUUCGAGUCGCUAGAAGAGCUCAACAAGGACAUCGGCGCUAUGAAGUUAUACAACAGAACCAAACUUGCACAAGUUCUGUAUAUUCGUGCUUUGCAAGACCGCAAGGAGAAGGCUCAGCUGGGUUUCGACGCCGAUGCAAAGGUUGGACCGUACAUGAAUGCUACUCAUCCCGGAGGUAUUCAGACAGACCAGCAAAAGCAAGCAGAAGACGCGUACGGUACUCUGGGAAAAAUUGGUGUUGCAGUGGUGAAGCCCCUCCUGAAGGAUCCUGUUGAUGAUGGAUGUCGCCCAGCACUCUUUGCAGCAACAAGCGAGGACAUUGUCAAGGAGGGUGUUCAAGGACAAUACAUCGUGCCUGACCGCAAGGUCACCACCCCAUCUAGUGAGGCUCGUGAUCAGCAGCUUGGUGAGAAUCUAUGGAAGUUGACCGAGAAGAUCAUUGUGGACAGACUGGGCUCUUCUGUCCCCUACAAGCUUCAGUAUGCUCAGUAGAGGUUUACAGUAUCAGCUUGACAUGAAGUAAUGAUAUCCAAACAUUUCAUCACCACAAAACCAUUUACGACCGACUAAGCAGUUAGAAAGC